GUGUUUUUGUUCACGGGUUAUAUCGGUGUCUACUGUAUGGGUGAGACGUUUUGGCACUCGUUGUGUAUAAACAUAUUUUGCUACGUGGUCACUCUGCACCACACGUGGCUCGUCAACUCGGCCGCCCAUAUAUACGGCACCCGACCCUACGAUCGCACCAUUAAUCCGCGCGAAAACCGGGCCGUAGUCUACGCUUCGAUGGGCGAAGGGUAUCACAACUAUCACCACACCUUCCCAUACGACUACUCGGCCUCCGAGUACGGCUGGCGAGACAACUUCAAUCCGGCCACCGCUUUCAUCGACAUGUGCUCAGCGCUGGGGUUGGCCUACGAUCGCCACAUGCCCUCCGAAGAGGUGAUUAGCAAACGUAUGCAACGCACGGGUGACGUGACUGACCAACAAUUGGCCGCUAAACUCAACUACUGGUACGACCUGUGCUCCGGUCUGGUCAUCAUAUUCUGGCCACUGAUCGCCAUCUUCUCCGCCCGACUCCUCGCAGUCCUAUUUAACAGGGAAUCAAAAACUCGACCUAAACGACACGUUACUUAUUUGACAAAAUUCAAACACAAAUGCGAGUCAUUUGAGCGAAACGUGGAUCUAAUGGCCACCGAAGCCAAACUCAUGAGACAAUUGCUGGCGUUUGAACACCGGUUCAGUCAACACGUGUUUGAUCUGCUCAUGAGGUACGACAGGUAUGUCAUCGAUCACGUGGUGGUGUCGGCCAACGGAUCCAACGGCACCGCCUCUUCGGCCGCAGCCGUACGCAAACAGCUGACCGACGACAAGGCCAUCGCUGUCCAGAAUCUGCUUCAGCUCAAGACGUGGCGCCAAGAGUUGUGUAACUGGAGGGCAGCCAAUGGUAUGAACGGUGGUAUGUCUGAUGGGAUCAGUCACCAGAUAGUGACCAUCAGUGCUCUAUCACUAAUCACUGUUACUCUUAUAGAUACAGAUUCACUGCUGCCGACGACAAUCACCGCCGAUGACCAGUCAGUGUUGGACACCAGCGGUGCCGCCGAAGCGGUGCCCGCGAAGACCAGCGCCGGCCUAUCGGACAAUAUGUUGCGCUCGAUGUUGAGCUCUGGGGCCGCGUCUUCGUCGUCGGCCACCACUCCUCCAGUGAUAACACUCGACAACAGCCCACAGAAAACGUUGAGACAAAUGUUGAGCCCAUCGCCCGUCGCCUCCACAGCGACCACAGCUGCGCCGGCGAUGACUGACCUGACACCGGGACCCUCUGCCUCCGUAUUGGCCCAAAUGUUGGCCCCACCGCCGCCUGUCGUACCGGUCGUAGAGCUGGAAGUGAUCCCCAAACCGGAGCCCCUGUCCGAUGGCGAAGAGGACACCGACACCGCCUCUGAGCGCGAGACUCCCGGACGAGUCACCCGAUCCGCUGCCAAUCCGCCGGAAAAGCCGUUUAUGUUAUUCACACAGUAUUUGUCGCAAAACAAGUCUUUCAGUCACCUCUUGGCCUCCAAUAGCGGCGAACCAUCGGUUUCGGCGCCGAAAUCGGGCGGCAAUAAGAUUGCCAUAGAUUUGAACACCGAUUCCGAUGGCGACCAACCCGUCAACAGUAUCUUCAGCAACGAUAUCGUGGAUCUGUCGCCAACCAAACGGACAAAGAAAUUGACGAAUAAGAGCCGAAAGAGGAUCAAGAAGAGGAAGAAUCUGUGGACUAAACCAAAACCAAAGGAUACCUUAACCGCUACGAGUGUUGUGAACAACAACACCAGCGCUGGUCUGGAAGUGAUAGAAUUGCCGCAAAAUCGGAUCGAAAGGAGAAUAUUCAACGAGAAAUACGUCAAAAGCCACAAGAAAUUGGUUUAUAAAGACAAAACCUAUUUCUGCAAAUGGAAGAACUGUACGUAUUCUUCGGCCGUCAGGAACCGCGCCGUACGGCACAUGUGGUCACAUUCGGGUGAGAAUCCAUUCAAGUGCCCGCUCUGUGACCUCCGCUUCCGCGACAAACGCCAUCUCAACAAUCAUAUGUCGUCUCACAACACGGUGUCCAUUAGAGCCGCGGCCAAGAGCUCGUCGAGAGAGCCCAACGCUAAGACUAAAGUGAAAGCAAAGUCGCCAAUGAAAUCGCCGUUGAAGUCACCCGUAUAUCGGGCGCGAGGGACCGGAGAUGUGGUCUGUCCCGAGUGUGGGAACCGAUACCAAAACUACGCGCUGUUGACGAGACACAUGAAGAAUCAACACGGCUUGAAGAAGUGGCAGAAGUAUCGACAACUGGGGCAGCAAAUCCUGAAGCAAACCAAUGGUCCGACCGCUACGGUCGCCAAGAAUAAUGGCAAUAUUCUGUGUCCCGAUUGCGGCAAAACCUACUUCGGGAUCAAAUUACUGCUCAGACAUAUCACACGUACUCACGGCUCGGACGUUGCGGACAAGUAUCGGCUGAACAAUGGUCUCGUCAGCCGUAAAGCGGCGGCUCUCGAACCCCAAGCGGUGAAUUGGGCGCUCAAUUCAGUCGCUACGGCUAUCGUGUCGGCGAAUGUGGGCAACAAAUCGCGACCAAAAUUGGUCGUAAAAUCAGCGAACAAAUCAGUAAAAGUAAUGUCAAGCGUACGAAAAGUGAUCCAAAAGCCAAUCCCAAUGACUCGACGCCACUUGUCUUCGGAGGAGAAGGAGUGGAACUGCGAUUACAAUUUGUGUCCAAGAAGUUACAACUCGAAGUACAAUCUAAAGAGACAUCAGAUCGAGAUUCACAAGCGUUUGUCCAAAAAAUUGUUUUACAUGACAUCGAAGAAUGAGAAGACUGUCAAAUAUUUCAUACCAAAGACUGGUAGCACUGCCGCCGCCCUCACUGUCACAGCCGUCUCGGAGCCAACUGUUGCUAAAACUGCGGCCAUUUCGGGCCCGAAGAGCACUCAAAUCGCUAGCGAUAAGGCGUUUAAGUGUAAUUUGAAGGGCUGUUCGGCCAGCUAUCAGACAAUCUCUGGCCUCUAUAGGCAUAAGAAGGUUAAACACAACUCAAACAAACCGUUCAAAUCGGUAUCAAAAUUGGCCAAAACCCAGGCGUUAGGAGUGACCAUCAAAUAUAAGGCAGCGAUUAGACCGAAGUUGAGUGUCGAUGAAGAGAACCAAUUGGUGGCCACAGAGGAGGACAAGGAGGAGGAGGUGACAGAGUUUUUGUGCACUUAUCCUAACUGUGCGUUUAAGGCGUUGGGCCGCAAAACAGUUAUCCAACACUUUCCCACACAUUUCCCGGGCGAAGACAAGCCGUUCAAGUGUGUGAUGACUGACUGCCACUACGCGGCCAAAGUCUUGUCCAAACUUAAACAGCAUGUCCUCAACAGACACUCUGAGCAGCAGUUUAUUAAAGCCAUGGACGCCACGGGUAUUCGCUACCCGUCC